AUGACACACAUACCCACAGUCACACACAGUGACACGUCGCAACGAGAGUUCAGUCCAAGUAAAACGUGUUGCCUUGCUCGCGCACCCAGCGGUAGCAGUGUCUCUGUGUGUGUUCUGAUAGUUAGUAUUAAUCACUUUGGCGGUUUGUAGCGGUGGCCCUGGAGACAGCCACGCAGCGUUCAUUCCUCGUUUAGCCACUUCCCCGGACCCCAUAUCCUAUUCAGCUGCCUGCAGAGUGCAGUUCUUGUAGAGCGAGCCCACAGCACAUCCCAGCCAGUCAUCUUCCUCCUCUUCCUUCCGCUCAUUCACACCGGGAUGGAUCUGCCCUGAUAGAAGCUCAGAAGUCUACUUCAGCAGCUGGCAAGUUGGAGUUUAAUUUUGGAGUGAAACGGGGACUGUGACAAGCGUCUCGUUUCUCGUUGGCAAUAUUUCUUUCACUCUUUUUAACUUGGCAUUCGGAAAUCUCCAACAUGACAGCACACAGACUACAUCCACGAGUUGUUCUCCUGUUUUGCUUUAUCUCCUCCGUGUCGUGCAAUACGUUUGCGUUCACCGAGGAGCCCUCCGACAGAGUCGGGAAGGCGGACGGCUAUUGCAGUCGUAUAUUACGGGCUCAGAGCAAUCGGAAGGAGAGCAACAACGAGUUUCGCCUCCGCGUUGAGGGAGAUCCCGACAGCUUUCAGCCAGGAAGCACAUACAGAGUGACUCUGACUGCAUCUACUCCCUCCUACUUCAGAGGGUUCACCCUUAUUGCCCUGAAGGAGGGUGCAGAGGGAGACAAAGAUGAGGACUAUGCUGGAAAUUUCCAGAUAAUUGAUGAGGAGGAAACACAGUUUAUGACCAACUGUCCCACUGCAGUGACAGAGAGCACUCCUCGGAGGCGGACCAGUAUCCAAGUGUUUUGGACUGCGCCCCCUAGUGGCUCUGGCUGUGUUUUUCUCAAGGCUAGCAUUGUGCAGAAGAGGAUAAUCUAUUUCCAGGAUGAAGGUGAACUGACCAAGCGAAUGUGUGAAAAAGAAUCCCUCCAUGGAGAUGCUACAGAUAAACCUCUGCUUGACUGUUGUGCCUGUGGGACAGCAAAGUACAGGGUCACCUUCUAUGGGAACUGGUCAGAGAAGAUUCAUCCAAAAGAUUAUCCCCGUCGUGCCAAUCACUGGUCAGCCAUUAUUGGUGCCUCCCACUCAAAGAAUUAUGUGCUGUGGGAAUAUGGUGGCUUUGCCAGUGAAGGUGUUAAACAGGUGGCUGAGCUGGGCUCCCCAGUCAAAAUGGAAGAGGAGAUCAGACAGAAGGGUGAUGACGUCCUGACAGUCAUCAAAAUGAAAGCGCAAUGGCCUGCCUGGCAGCCCCUUAAUGUGCGCGCUGCUCCCUCAGCUGAGUUCUCCGUGGACCGGACUCGCCACAUCAUGUCCUUCCUGACUAUGAUGGGACCUAGUCCAGACUGGAAUGUGGGUCUGUCUGCUGAGGACUUGUGUACCAAGGAGUGUGGCUGGGUCCAGAAGGUGGUUCAGGACUUGAUCCCAUGGGAUGCUGGCACCGAUAGUGGGGUGUCUUAUGAGUCUCCCAACAAGCCUAGUGCACCCCAGGAAAAGAUCCGUCCAUUGACCAGUCUGGAUCAUCCACAAAGUCCAUUUUAUGAUCCAGAGGGAGGUGCUAUUACUCCUGUGGCCAGAGUGGUGGUGGAACGAAUUGCCAGAAAGGGUGAACAGUGCAACAUUGUGCCUGACAAUGUGGAUGACAUUGUAGCUGAUAUUGCUCAGGAGGAGAAAGAGGAAGAUGAUACUCCUGAAACAUGCAUCUACUCCAACUGGUCUCCGUGGUCUGCCUGCAGCUCGGCCACUUGUGAUAAGGGCAAGCGGAUGAGGCAAAGGAUGCUGAAGGCUCAGCUGGACCUCAGUGUCCCCUGCCCACACACUCAAGAUUUUGAACCAUGUAUGGGGCCUGGAUGCAGUGAUGAGGAUGCCUCCACCUGUAUGAUGUCAGAGUGGAUCACCUGGUCUCCAUGCAGUGUGUCCUGUGGGACAGGCACACGUUCCCGGGAGCGUUAUGUAAAACAGUUCCCAGAUGAUGGCUCAGUUUGUACUCUGCCCACAGAGGAGACUGAGAACUGUGUGGUAAAUGAGGAAUGCUCUCCCAGUAGUUGCCUGGUUACAGAGUGGGGUGAAUGGGAUGUCUGCAGUGCAACAUGUGGUCUUGGCAUGAAGAGGAGAGAGCGCAUGGUGAAGAUGCCUCCUGCAGAUGGUUCCAUUUGUGGGGCAGAGGUUCUAGAGGUGGAGAAGUGUAUGAUGCCAGAAUGCCAUACAAUCCCCUGCAUGCUUACUCCCUGGUCUGAAUGGAGCGACUGCAGUGUAACAUGCGGAAAGGGUUUGAGAACACGACAGCGCAUGCUCAAAUCGCCUGUGGAACUGGGAGACUGUACGGAGGAGUUAGAACAGGUGGAGAAGUGUAUGCUACCAGAAUGCCCCAUAGACUGUACCAUGUCAGAAUGGACAGAGUGGUCAGAAUGUAAUAAGUCCUGUGGGAAAGGUCACACAAUCCGCACUCGCAUUGUAGUGCUGGAGCCUCAGUUUGGUGGCGACCCCUGUUCGGAAACCAUCCAGAGGAAGAAGUGUAAGAUUAGGAAGUGCAACAGAGGGCAAAGCAACAGCGAUGAGAAGAGACGACGCAAGGAGCAGCGUGAAAAACGGAGGAGUAAGCAAGACAAAGCUGAAGGCACCUCCGAGCACCCAGGGUGUAGAAUGAGACCGUGGUCAAGCUGGACAGAAUGCACCAAGCUAUGUGGUGGAGGGAUUCAAGAACGGCUCAUGACAGUGAAGCAGAAGUUUAAGACUGCACAGUUGUCCAGCUGCAAGGACAGGAAGGAGAUCAGGGCGUGUAAUGUGCACCCCUGUUAGGAUGGAGUGAGGGAAUGGGGAGGUUCGAACAGGACUAGGGCUGGAGCGGGAGGAUGGUUGGGCUGAGGAGAGGACAGAGCACACUGUCGCACAAUGAUCCAAUGCACUCUGUUUAGGGCUGAUACGACACAUUUUUGAAUCUGUAUUGGUUAAAUCCAGAGCAUGGGCCAGUAAGAUUAACUUUAUAGUCUCUCUGAGAAACUCUGGUUUUAUACUUUGCUGAUUCUGCUGUGCUUUCAAACUAGCUCUAAUAGAGAAUGCGCACCAACGUCAUCAAUGCACAGAAUUGAAAUCGCCAUUUUGGGUGUACCCGCCGUCUAUUUCCAUCUGUUCAGCAGUGGCUCUCAUCUUUUUAAUCUCUGUCUUAUUCUGAAUUUUUGAUGAGUAUUUCAUUCUGUAAAUUCCUUCUCGAUUUGCUUCCUCGGCAGCAGCAGCAGCUUCGUGAUCAAUGCGCUAAAAGGAAAUUAACCAACAGAUUUUCAUCCUCUAUUUCCAUCUUGGUGCCGUGCAGUAAAUACAUUGGAUAAAAACAUCUAAGAAAACAGUGGACUUCUGCAGAAACUU